AGGUCCAGCCUGUGGUGUCCACAAUGCCCCAGGCUUCUGAGCACUGCCUGGGACGGACCCGAGAGCCACCUCUUAAUAUCCAGCCCCGAGUGGGAUCCAAGCUACCAUUUGCUCCCCGGGCCCGGAGCAAGGAGUGCCGAAAUCCAGCCCCUGGGCCAAAUCCCUUGUUACGACCUCUGCCUCCUAGGCCAGGUCCCCCUGAGGAACGGCUCAAGAAACUGGAGCUGGGACGGGGACGGACCUCAGGCCCUCGUCCCAGCGGCCCACUUCGGGCAGAUCUUGGAGUUCCCCUGCCUGGCUCACCACCCCCAACUGUGGCUCUGCCUCUCCCAUCCAGGACCAACCUAACCCGUUCCAAGUCUGUGAGCAGUGGGGACUUGCGUCCAAUGGGGAUUGCCUUGGGAGGGCACCGUGGCACUGGAGAGCUAGGGGCUGCACUGAGUCGCUUGGCUCUCCGGCCUGAGCCACCCCCUCUGAGACGCAGCACCUCUCUCCGCCGCCUCGGGGGCUUUCCUGGGCCACCCACUUUGUUCAGCAUACGGACAGAGCCCCCUACUCCCCAUGGCUCCUUCCAUGUNUGCAACCACUCGGGCGGCGUCCACUGCGGCCACUACACAGCCCUGUGCCGGUGCCAGACUGGCUGGCAUGUCUAA